AGCUUCGAGGAGGAAAACGUAAUUAUGUCUUGUGAAUCCGCGCUAGAACGAAUAUGGGGGGGGGGAGAGACGCCAUGGCGUUGUUUACAUCCCGGGGCCCAGUAGCAGGUCCCAGCCUCUUCCUUCUCGGGUGAUUUCUAGAGUAAAUAAUUGAGAGAAGACUACAAGUGUGUCCCAUCCCUGAAUUGGGAGUUCCCUGCUUUGUGCUUUAAGUCAGGCCAACAGGUUGAGACUCAAGCUGUUUUGGUCAGGACUUGAGGAUGUUGACCAGAGUCCGCUAAUAUCCUUCAAUAUUUAGUGUUACAGACACCUGCUCCAAGUGAUACGCCAUGACAGAAGUGUUCCGGUUCGGCCUCGUGCCCAUCGCUUGUCGUGCCCGGAAUGAGGACCGCAGCCGUGAGUACCGACCUAUAUGAAGUUAAAUAGCACUUGCCUGGCAGAAGUGGCAUUGAGUCUCAACAACAAUGAAGUGAAUAUAUAUGGCAGAGCUGCAUCAGAGUGGAAGCUUCAGGAAACACUCCAGGGUCAUGAUCUGCGUGUCACAGGCAUUGACUGGGCUCCCAGCACCAAUCGCAUUGUUACAUGUGGAGCAGUGACCUUCCUGGAAAUUACCGAGACUUAGUGUGCUUUGAAAAAAUCCUCUGGAGAGUGGGUCCAGGACUUACACCUGCAAACUUCCUGUUUCUUGGGUUGAGAAAAGAUGUAUACUACUCCCACGAGGAAAGAACGGCUAUCUUUGAUUAUAUCGUCAAAACGAAGAGGUUCGGAGAGGUUAAAGGCACAGUGUUUGGCUGGAUAUGGCCGAGGCCCAGAUGUGUUAACGACUAAACCCUUGAGAAAUUAACAACUGGAUCAUGGAGACUCUGCUGCUACAAGUAUGUCUUUAUGUC